AUGUCGUUCAUCGAGCUGUACGAUGCCGUAGUCGAGGCCCUUGCUGCCAUGUCAGACUGGGACGACCCGGCAACUCGACGUGGGUCGGCAGCACUGUUGACUGCUGUCACGAGCGUGGAGUUUGUUGUGACUCUGUUCGCUACCGCUGAUGUCAUGUCGGUCAUGCGGCCUCUUUCAGUUAAGAUGCAGGGCAGAGGUCAGGAUCUGGCACAGGCUACCCACCUGAUCGAAGUGGCUCGCUCAGAGCUGCCGGAGAAGCGCGCAAACGUGGACGAAGCCUUCCGAGAAGUAUUCGAUAGGAAUACGUCAGUUAUGACGCGACAUGCUAUCGAAGUAAGGGUGAGCACGCACAAAAAACGUCCACAGGGCGCGCCGCUACAAACUCCCGAGGAGUUUUACCGUGUUGCAUCAUACAUACCACUCCUGGACGAAAUCGUGGAACAGUUGGAAAGACGAUUCUCAAAGCACGUACAGAAAGCGGCCUCGGCCAUUCGUCUGGUCCCUAGUUCAGAGGAGGGUGACGCGUCUUGGGUGGCUGAGUUCGUCCAGACCUACCAGGACCUGUUGGAUUGCUCAGUAGCAGAGGCGGAGAGCGAGGUGAGGACGUGGCAGCACAUGUGGCGUCAGGAAACGGGCGAGAAGCCCACCACUCUGCUGAGUGCUCUUGGCUCCACAGAUCCGUUCCCAAUCAUCUCCAAGAUGAUCACAAUCCUGGUCACGCUGCCUGUGACCUCCGCAGAGGCGGAGAGGUCCUUCUCCACGCUUCGCUCCUUGAAAACGUGGCUGAGAAGCACGAUGACGGAGGAGCGACUGACGGGACUGGCACUGAUGCGGGUGCACCCGGACCUUGUACCGGCCGUCUCAGACAUUGUGACGCAGUUUGCGACUUCUUCGGCCAAGCGACUUCGCCUUACAAUGUAG